AAAACCCGUGCACAGGAGUUAAUUGAACGAAUAGCCAGCCGAUGGCGGACUAGCUAGUACACUGCUUAAAAAUGGCGGGAACAAAGGUCUAGGCCCUCCAUGACAGUUGACACUUUUCUUUUCCAUGCGAACAAUCUUCAAUUUCCCCUUCUCCUCUCACUCAGUCCUAUUCUUCCUUGUUGUUUCUAAAACCAAAACCCCAACCAAACAUUUCUCUCUUCAUUCGUUGUCAUCAAACAACAACCCAAACCCAAUGCCUCCCUCGACCAGAAUCGUGGCCGAGUACGCCAAAUCGAGCCGAUCGUCGUGCAAGAAGUGCUCGAAGACCAUCGACGCCAAGGCUCUGAGGCUGGGCUUCGUCUCCCGAGACGCCCGGGGCUUCGACAUCACCAAAUGGCACCACUUGGCUUGCUUCACCUCCGACUCCCUCGCUUCGGCCCGGGAGAUCCAAGGGUUUGAUUCUUUGAAGAGUCCUGAUCAGGAAGCUUUAUGGAAGUUGGUUGAUGCAAGCGACAAAACUCAGGAGGAGGUUGACAAAAAAGAAGAAGAUGGCGAAAAGGAUCCAGAGGAAAGAAAUACAAAGAAAGCAAAGUUAUCUAAUUCAGAGGGCAAAGAUCUGGAAACUGCAUUUUCCAUUAAUGAUAUCAAGAAUGAGUACAAGGAUGCUAUACUUUCACCAAAAUGGAAGGCAUUCGAAACAGUUAUAUUUCUUGAGCGGGAUGAUGGUCUUCAUGAUUCAAGUAAAAUUGCCGCUUUUGAUUUUGAUGGAUGUCUCGCUAAAACUUCAGUUAAAAGAGUCGGUGCCGAUGCUUGGUCGCUGAUGUAUCCUUCAAUACCUGAUAAGCUACAGAGUCUGUACAAUGAUGGCUACAAGCUGGUAAUCUUUACCAAUGAAUCAAAUAUUGAACGCUGGAAAAAGAAGAGACAAGUUGCUGUGGACUCAAAACUUGGGCGCCUCAACAAUUUUAUCAAGACUGUUAAGGUCCCAAUUCAGGUUUUCAUUGCUUGCGGAAUAGGUAAAUCUGAUGGGCAAGCAGAAGACCCCUUCCGCAAGCCAAAACCAGGCAUGUGGCAUCUUAUGGGACAACACUUCAACUCUGACAUUUCUAUUGACAUGGAUCAAUCGUUUUAUGUCGGUGAUGCUGCUGGAAGAGACAAUGACCAUAGUGAUGCUGAUAUAAAAUUUGCACAGGCUGUUGGUCUAAAAUUCCAUGUCCCUGAGGAAUACUUUCGCAUUUGAUGAAUUGGAUUGGCAUAAAAUCCUUCUCAUAUUGUCCGACUCGCAGAACUGUCUUAACGAGCAGGAGGCUUAAUUUCUCGACCAAUUUUGUUUGAUUGUUAAGAAGCUGUAGGAUCUUAUGUAUGCCUUCUAUUUGUAAUAUGUUAUUAUGUGAAGAGCUGUAUUUGUGUUAAGCGUUUCCUCCGAGCGUAUGUAAAACGCACGGGAGGCUUAUCAAUUUGUCUCCUUUUCCCCUUUGUAUUAUGUUUUUGUUAUUUUCACAGCCCCUUCUUUGAU